GCAUUGUAUCUUUAAUGUGCUUUUAAAAUGCUAGUCGUGAGAGUCCUAUGGGCUUUUCUUUGGAUCCUUCCCCAGGCCCUGGGAAAGGACUUCUGUGCGGGGCAAUCGUUUGGAUCCAGAGCUGUCGACUCCGAUGAUACCCAAUCAUAUUACCUGUGCCUCGGUGUCCUUGGCUCUAUAAAAAAUACCUGCAAGAAUGGAUACUUGUUUGAUGGGCAAUCGCAGGGGUGUGUGAUUAACGACAAUGCAAAACUAGCAAUCAAAGAAUCAGAUGAUGAUAAGCAGAAAAUCAGCAUCAAGCAAAAUAUCAACGUGGACAGACCAGUUAUAUUCAACAUUUUCGGAAACUUCAAUUUCUUCGCCAGUCUCUGGGGCAGCUCUCAUGACACGACACCUUCGCCCCUGAAACCCAAACCGAUUGCGGACUUCCAAUUAUUUAACAGUGCUGUUGGAACUCCCAGUCCAAUACCGCAGGAUAAUGCUAGAGAGAUGAUAUCCAGCUCUGAAGAUCCAAAUUCUCCACCUGAAGGUGCAACAGAAAGUUCGACGCAGGAAUCCUCCACAGGUGUGCCGGAAGAUGAUGCAUCCACUGAAUCGAUACAAGAAAGUUCCACACUAGAAAGCCGUUCAAGCACUGACAUUUCUCUGUCUACAGAAGCUUCUUUAGAAGAUAUAAUCUUGAGCUCUGAAAGCUCAAGUUCGACGCAAGAAAGUUGGUCAAGCUCAGAAAGUUCCAUCUACACAGAGUUACCAUCUACAGAAGCGACAGAUGAAUCUUCUUCAACAGAAUCUCUACCAAAUAGUACCCAAGAAAGUACCACUGAAAGUCCUUUGCCCACCGAAUCAUCGACAGAAGUGACGGAUCAGCCUUCUUCAACAGAAUCUAUACCAGAUAGUACCCAAGAAAGUACCAGUGAAAGUCCUUUGCCCACCGAAUCAUCGACAGAAGUGACGGAUCAGCCUUCUUCAACAGAAUCUAUACCUGAUAGUACGACACAGGAAAGUAGCACUGAAAGUCCUUUGCCCACCGAAUCAUCGACAGAAGUGACGGAUCAGUCUUCGUCAACAGAAUCUCUACCAAAUAGUACCCAAGAAAGUACCACUGAAAGUCCUUUGCCCACCGAAUCAUCGACAGAAGUGUCGGAUCAGUCUUCGUCAACAGAAUCUAUUCCUGAUAGUACGACCGAAGAAAGUACCACUGAAAGUCCUUUGCCCACCGAAUCAGCGACAGAAGUGACGGAUCAGUCUUCGUCAACAGAAUCUCUACCAGAUAGUACCCAAGAAAGUACCACUGAAAGUCCUUUGCCCACUGAAUCAUCGACAGAAGUGACGGAUCAGUCUUCGUCAACAGAAUCUAUACCUGAUAGUACGACCGAAGAAAGUACCACUGAAAGUCCUUUGCCCACCGAAUCAUCGACAGAAGUGACGGAUCAGUCUUCGUCAACAGAAUCUCUACCAGAUAGUACCCAAGAAAGUACCACUGAAAGUCCUUUGCCCACUGAAUCAUCGACAGAAGUGACGGAUCAGUCUUCGUCAACAGAAUCUAUACCUGAUAGUACGACCGAAGAAAGUACCACUGAAAGUCCUUUGCCCACCGAAUCAUCGACAGAAGUGACGGAUCAGUCUUCGUCAACAGAAUCUCUACCAGAUAGUACCCAAGAAAGUACCACUGAAAGUCCUUUGCCCACUGAAUCAUCGACAGAAGUGACGGAUCAGUCUUCGUCAACAGAAUCUAUACCUGAUAGUACGACCCAAGAAAGUGGCUUAAGCACCGAAAGUUCUUUGACUACCGAAUCAUCUACAGGAGCGACCAAUGAGUCUUCUUCAACAGAAGCUUCAGAAGAAAGUAGUGUUAGCACUGAAGGUCCUUCUUCUACGGAAUCAUCAACAGGAGUGCCAGAGGAGCCUUCGCCAACAGAGCCUUCACCAAAUACUUCGACGCAAGAACUUCCCUCAUUUACAAGUCCAUCAUUUGAAAGCUCAACUGUUGAAAGUACAUCAAGCUCGGAAAAUCCGUCCACAUCAGAAUCGUCAACCACUGAGAACUCGGAAAAUUCGUCAUCGACCCAAUCAUCUCCACAAAGUUCGACAGAGGAAUCUAUUACCAGUUCCGAGAAUCCCUCGACCUCUGAAUCCUCGCCAAGUACCCCAGGAAAUGGUGGCGACUCCGGAAUCAGUGGGUCUUCCACAACGGAAUCUCCAUAUACCACCGAUAUUCCCUCAAGCUCAGAAGCUUCUCCAAGUACUCCAGGAAAUGGUGGCGACUCCGGAAGCAUUACCUCGGAAUCUCCACCUGAAGGCGCGACUACACGACCGUCCGAUCCACCAACAGAGAGCUCCACAAGUUCGUAUACCCCCCAACCGACUCCAGAAUAUUCGACCGAGGGUAUUGUCACUGAAACCUCAACUUUAAAUCCCUCAACUGGAACGACCCCUGGCCAUCAAGAAGCUGAUUGCAGCAACAUGUCCGAUGGAGUCUUUCUCCGGGACUCCCAGUCAUGCAAUAAAUACUAUGUAUGCCUGAAUGGCAAAGCAAUUGCCAGCCAGUGUCCCAGAAAUCUGUACUUCGACAUUACGAGGAAGGUCUGUAAUUUUCCCAGCUUUGUGAACUGCUCCCUCGAUGACGCCGUAGAUAAUGUUACAAAGAAGCCCUCGGACACAGGAUCGACUCCUGACUGUAAGUCCUUGCGAAAUGGCGCCUUUGUUAGAGAUCCACAGUCAUGCAGCACGUUUUAUGUUUGUGCCAAUGGACGGGCUAUACCACGACAGUGUCCCCGGGGUCUACACUUUGACAUAAAGUUAAACAUUUGUAACUACCCAAUCCUGGUUCAGUGCUCCUUAGAGGAAUCUCCGGCUGAUACGGCAGCUGAUGAGGCAUUACUAGCGAAGGGAGUACCGGAUUGCACCACAGUGAAAGAUGAUACACGGUUUGGAGACGCGAAGCAGCAUAACAAGUAUUAUGUUUGCUUGAAGGGAAAAGCGGUUUUGCAUUAUUGCAGUCCGGGAAAUUGGUUUGACCUUCGAAGUCAGAAAUGCAUUGACCAGCGGCUGGCCAAGGUGACCUGAGCACUGGAACUACUUACAUACAUAUAAGAGUAACGAUCUUUAAUCUAGGUUUAGAAUUUUGGUGAAAGGGUUUUGAAUAUAAUUAUACAAUGGGUUGAUGGGUAAAAUUACUUGUAUUAUUCCGUUUUACUGGUUACUGAACCAAAAGUUACAAGCAAACUCUAAAACGACCUAGCCAGUUGAUGUCUUCAAUAAAUUACUCUGUCUGCCUAGGAUUUACAAAACGAAUAAAGUACAUAUAAACUA